AUGAAGCCACAAGUAGUGCUGCUAGUGGUAGUCCUUUGCCUGGUGGGAAUGGCUUCGUCGGCUCGACAUCCAAAGAAAAACAUUGAGAUUUGGAUAAGACCGAAACCUUAUCCAGACAGACCGCCACCACCAUAGAUCGAUGAGGAACGUCACCAAACCCUGGUCACCGUAGGCUUUUCCCAGUCUACCUCGAAUAUAACUUCCUAAUAACAGUUAUGCCUAGGUUAUAGAUGGUGUCCUCUUCAUCAGGGUCCUAUAUGGUGUAUAUACAAUAAACAACCGUGUCAUUAUUGAAAAA